GAACGGACCGGGCCGACCCUACGGGCACUAGCGGGGGGGGGCCCGACCCGGCUGGGCCCGCCGAGGCCGCCGCCAUGUUCGCGGGGCUGCAGGAGCUGGGGGUGGCCAAUGGGGAGGACCUGAAGGAGACGCUGACCAACUGCACCGAGCCGCUCAAGGCCAUCGAGCAGUUCCAGACAGAAAAUGGAGUCCUUCUGCCCUCUCUCCAGUCUGCUCUGCCAUUCUUGGACCUCCAUGGUACUCCUAGGCUGGAGUUUCAUCAGUCUGUAUUUGAUGAGCUGAGAGAGAAAUUGCUAGAGAGAGUUUCAGCCAUUGCCUCAGAAGGAAAGGUUGAGGAAAGAUACAAAAAGCUGGAGGAUCUGCUGGAGAAAAGCUUUUCCUUGGUCAAGAUGCCAUCUAUACAGCCUGUGGUGAUGUGUGUCAUGAAACACCUGCCCAAGGUCCCUGAAAAGAAACUGAAGUUAGUUAUGGCGGAUAAGGAUUUAUACAAAGCAUGUGCCGUGGAGGUGAAGCGCCAGAUCUGGCAGGAUAACCAAGCUCUGUUUGGUGAUGAGGUGUCCCCAUUGCUGAAACAGUACAUCCUGGAGAAAGAAAACACUCUCUUUAGUAGUGAUCUCUCUGUCUUGCACAACUUCUUCAGUCCCUCUCCAAAAAUGAGACGUCAGGGAGAGGUGGUUCAGAAGCUGACACAGAUGAUUGGGAAGAAUGUGAAGCUAUAUGACAUGGUGCUACAGUUCCUAAGAACAUUGUUCCUUCGGACGAGGAAUGUCCAUUACUGCACGCUACGGGCAGAGCUCCUGAUGUCGCUGCAUGACCUGGACAUCAGCGAGAUCUGUACUGUUGACCCCUGUCACAAGUUCACUUGGUGCUUAGAUGCCUGCAUUCGGGAGAAGUUUGUGGAUAACAAGCGAGCUCGAGAGCUGCAAGGGUUUCUGGAUGGAGUGAAGAAAGGACAAGAACAAGUACUGGGGGAUUUAUCAAUGAUCUUGUGUGAUCCCUUUGCCAUUAACACCUUAGCUCUGAGUACCAUACGGCAUCUGCAAGAGCUGGUUGGGCAAGACACCUUACCCAGGGAAAGUCCAGACCUCUUGUUGCUGCUAAGGAUGCUGUCUCUGGGACAGGGAGCCUGGGACAUGAUUGACAGCCAAGUCUUCAGGGAGCCUAAAAUGGAACAUGAGUUGAUCACCAAGUUCUUGCCGAUGCUGAUGUCUUUUGUGGUGGAUGACUACACAUUCAACGUAGAUCAGAAACUGCCAUCAGAAGAGAAAGGGCCAAUUCCCUACCCCAGCACCAUUCCCGAAGCUUUUACCAAAUUCCUUCAGGAGCACAGAAUAGCCUGUGAGGUUGGGCUAUAUUACAUACUUCACAUAACUAAACAGAGGAACAAGAAUGCUUUUCUCAGGCUCCUGCCAGCACUAGCUGAGACAUUCAGUGACCUGGCCUUCAGUGAUAUUUUCCUGCACCUGCUCACCGGUAACCUCACGUUGUUGGGUGAUGAAUUUGCGCUGGAGGACUUCUGUACCAGUCUCUUUGAUGGGUUCUUCCUCACUGCCUGCUCAAGAAAAGAGAACGUCCAUAGACACGUGCUAAGAUUGCUACUUCACCUGCAUCACAAAGUGGCACCUACCAAAUUAGAAUCACUCCAGAAGGCUUUGGAACCUACCAAGCAGAGCGGCGAAGCUGUGAAGGAUCUUUAUAACCAGCUCAGCGAGAAACUGGAGCUUCGCAAACCCAGUCCAGCCCCGGUGGCUGAAACUCCAUCCAUGGAACUGACUUUGCCCACAGUGCCCACCCCAGCCUCGCUCUGAGCCACAUGAGCGGGACUCUGAGAUAAGAGAAACUAACCUUUGCAUCCUGCAGAGUGGAGGCGUUUCAAUGUACUGCUAAGUGUCUCUGGCUACCAUGGUGGAAACUUACCGAAAACCACUGAACCUUUUGCAGAAGCAGGACAUUGUCAGACACUGCAGUUUGUCCUUGAGCACUGUCUCUUGCUGGCUAGAAGGCUCAGUAUGCAGUGUGUUGCAUAGGUUUACUUUGCCUAAGGAUAGAUAGGUGGCUUCUUGUGGAUCUACCCAGCUUGUAUAAUUUUUUUCAAAAGACAAGUCUUAUUUUUAAACCUCUGUAUCUUCUUCUUGCAUUUUUAGACUUACAAUUUUCUGGGGCAGUAAAACCCUGGUUGUGUAAUCAGGCAGAGGGAGCAAACCCUUGAAGUCUGAGCAGUUUCUCUCUUUGCCCCCAGCUUGCUUCUUUGGGUCUUUAAAGCUGAGAGAUGGUUCUCAACAAAAGGGAACAAGGCUGCAGAUUUUAUAUAUUGUUCAAAACUGCUGCUUCCCUGUGACCUCAUGGAGACAAGUGCUGUGCAUACCUAUUGGCCAAUCCCCAUGAGAGCAGGACAGCCAGGGCAGGGCCUAAUUACAGCUCUCUCUUUGGGUUUAUGGAUCGCCCUUAGACAUAGGGGGUGACAUAGUUGUAGUGCACCUGACAAGUUAGUCACCUGCUUCUGAUGUCAGGGGUUGGCUGUUCACCAACCUGAUCCCCAGUUUAUUUCACGGCAACUGGUAAUUGGCAGCCGUCCCGGACUUUGGACAGCAGCCCCAGUAGGAAGGAGAGGAGAGGGUUGGAAAAGAUCAGGAGUUUCAAUUUAAAGGCAUGCUUUUUGUGGAGCCCCAGGAUUUCUGGCCACGUGGGGUCUGGUCCCAAGGGGGGCUUCUCAGAACCCAGAGUCACAGGCAGGCUGCACUUCCCAUCACUCUCACAUCUCCCCUCAAUAUUUGUACCCAUCUCCCUAGCUCAGGCUGGUUGACUCGCUUUGUACUGAAGAGCGUCCACGAGGUCACUCCCCUUCAUCCUCACAUGAUGCUGCCCUGAUGCUGUGGCAGCAUCUACUGGGGUCAUCACUGGGACCUGGAAACUCAGGACAUUAGUAGGAACGGGGCAGAUGUGUUGAGUUGCUGCCAGCAGGUGACUGAGGUCCCCAGUCCAAAGUGAGCAGUGCUUGAUACUCCCGAUGGUCCAAAGACCAUAGAAUCAUAGGACUGGAAGGGCCAUCAAGAGGUCGUCUAGUCCAGUACAGCUCCUGGCCAACUGCGGGACCCUUGAGGCUCCUUACUGGCCAACCUGCCAUUUGCCAUCUCUUGCCUCAUUGGUCGAGGGGGCUCUGGCGCUGCCGCUGAAGUGGAGCAAUGGAACGCAGAUAUGUGGGCUGGCCCCUUGGAGGCUAGCUGCACUGAGCAGAGGGCCACCCAAGUCCCCUCACUCCAUGCUUGUGGUGGUUAGGCACUUGGAGAUGGUUUGCAUGAGCCAACAUACCACCAGAGGGGCCAUGGGCUCAUAACAAGACUAUCCCUGCCCUCAAAGGGCUGCACCAAAGGGACAGGGGAGUACAAGGAAACAGUGGUCAGCAUGGAAAGUAGCAGCCACAGCACAGCAGCUGCCUAACCACUGUUAAUUCUUUUUGUAGACAUCACUGCAGAGAGGAGCCUGCAGGAGGAAAGACCUUGCAGAUGUUUUAUGGGAAGCUACUCCCAUGUUUGAGGGGUGGCAUUGGAGAAAGUGUGUGUAUGCCAGGAUGGGGUUUCCUGGAGCCACGGGCUCAAUUUCUGCCUCCAGGACACAGCUCUAUAAUAAAAACACCUAGUUGUUCUCAAGCGCUUUUCAUCAAUAGCUUUUAAAGCGCUUUACAAAGGAGGUCAGCGUCAUCAUCCCCAUUUCACUGGGGAAACUGAGGAACAAAGCAUUGACGUGAUUUACCUGAGGUCACCUAGCAGGUCAGUGGCAGAGCUGUGCAUAGAACCCAGGUCUCUAAGUUCCAGUCCAGCGAUCUCUCUAUUCUCUCCCUCACUCCCUCUGAUGUACUGGGGCUAGGCCAUGGUUGCGGCAGUCACUCAGGGUUAGUACUGCAGUAGAGUUAGUUGCUUUAGGACUGCUCCUGUCCCCCGGCUGCUACACCAGUAAUCCUGCUCCCAGUGCACCCUCCCUCCCCAUUCCAUAUGCUGCUAACUACCCUGUGGCACAUACCCUCCCUGACUCCCUGUAAUUUGGGAAGGGAGAGCAAGGAGCAAUGGUAUCUGAGGCUGACUGCAAACAAGAGGGAGACCAUGGAUCUGAAGCUGUUGGAAGAGCUGCUCUCCUGCCAGAGUUUCCCCAGCUAGCAAGUCACGGACAGUCGACCAGCCUGCAUGCUGGCCCCAUGUGGUUUCCCCCCAGUGACCACCACACAUCCAUCCGUCCCAACUCCCCAGCUGCUUCUGUUCCUUGGCCACCCUCCUUCCCUGGCUCAGGGGUUUGGUUGGGGAGGGGGUACCUUGGCAGCAGUAGAGAAUGGAAGUAGCUGCAUAACCCAUACUCUCAGUUGGGUUGGCUUGUUGCAAAAGGAAAAGAUGAAAUACAAAAUGUUGACCUCAAAUAGCUUGUAUGAUGCGUGCUGAUUGCAGCAAGAAGGGUUAUGCCUUCAAAAUAUUGGAGUUAUGAAUUUCUUAAGUUACAGAAGAGCAAAAAGAAUGGAGACACUCUGGGUAGAGUAUCAAGAAUGGCCAAUUUUCAAAUAUUUAUUUUUUAAAAUUAGAUAAUUUUUCAAAAAGUGAACAUCCUAGAGAGUCUGCUUCUAUCCGCAGCUAUUGCUAUGCAAACUUGGAGAUGAAAACGCUUUCAUUUUAUUGCCAGAAAUUACAGAAACUUCUGUUUCAAGGAAAAUCUCAACACAGUCUCAACUAGAAGUUGUGUCUAUGAUGCACUUUCUCUCUCUCUCUGUGUUCCCCCUGGCCCUGAGUGCAGACUUCGGAACUCUGUAUUGCUUCAGAGAUCCUGUCUGCAGUGGAUCUUUUCCUUUCCUUGGGUCUGAAUGUGUUCUUGUAUUGGAUCUUGCCACUCUUGACUCACCUGGCAAAAUAAAACUAGACUAUCAAGCAGCAA